UAUUAUUUUGCAGAGUCCAGUUAUGUUUGCUCAGCACCAAUAAUUGCCUUUGAAUACUGAUGUAUUCAGAGGAAUUUUAAAUAAGUUUUGGAAAAGCUCUUUUCAAAGUAGACUUAGGUACUGAUACUUUAUGCAAGAUGACUGAUAGCACGUGGUGUAAACUGGUUGUCAAGUCACAAACUGCUCUUGGAGGAUUUCAGUGUAUUUUCAUCACUGCAUCGCUGAGUGCCAUUCUUGUCACUCUACAAGUUUAUCAUGCCAGUGAUAGACUUAACUUCAGCUGCGAUCCCAAACCCAGUGAUUUUAUCAGAAAAUCUUGCUAUAACAAGUACAUUGACACAAUCACCUGGCCUCAUGGGUUAGUACACCCCACAGAACUGAACAAUCAAACCAUGCCAAGUUCACUUAACCCAACAAAAAUGACAUUGCAAUGUAAUGAUCUUCAUUACAAGGAGAAAUCAACUCUUAAAAUAGUUAUUAUCACUGUGGAUGCUUUGUUUAUGGUGUUUGGCAUAUGGGAAGUCCUUUACUUGUGGUGCACAAAGGAAAAUGUUGAGCAAAAGUUGCUUAGAGAAAUAAGAAAAUGA